CUUCCUCCUCUUCCUCCAGCCAAGCUGCUUUCCCAGGCACUGUGAGGCACUGCUGCCAAAGCCAGCUCAGAAUUCUGCAACUUUUCUUUGGCGGCCGAGAUCUGCAGAGCACCAAACGAACGAAAGAAGGCAGACUCGCCCUGCCUGGAAGGAUUCGUGAAGAUCGAAGCAACAAGACAGAGAAAGAGUUCUUGUUUGGGAAAGGGUCGAUGAUUCAUCAUGCCUAGCCUCAAAUCUCUUGGCACUGUGUCGAGCCUCUCCCCUCUGUACCGCUGCCACUCCAGGUCAUGACAUGCCCUUCCCCUGGGGCAUCGCCUUGCCGGCCGUUUCGCAAGAUGGCAGAGAGCGCUGAGGCACGCCCGAGCAUGGAGGGGAUUUUGGGAGUCUUAGCCCGGGUCCCGGAAGACCGGCUGAUCCGCUACAAACACAAGCUGAGCUGCAUGCGGCAAGACCGAAGGAGCUGUCAGCUCCUGCACGCGAUGAUCCUGUUGACCCUGAGACGAGAAGCAGAUGCCCGGGUGAGCCUGGAGGCUUUUGGGGAUGAUGCCGCUGCGGCCUGUAUCUAUCGGAGCCGCUGGGGCAGCCGUGAAGCAAGCAGGACCAAUCCCAUUCCCCCAACAGAAGAGGCAGGAGUGGCACUGGCCGUGGCUCGGAUCUACUCGCUUCUGGUAGACGAGAAACUCUGCAGUCCCCGGACUCGAGAUGGGGCCUACCAGGAGGCCUUCAAAGCCUACCAAGUGAGCGGCAUCCAAGGGGCCAAGUUGAAGAGCCUUUCGGACGAAGCUCAGGAGAAGUGCGGGCUGGAUUUUAUGCUGACGGUGGCGAGCAUUCAAUUUGGCGCUCCAGGAUCCGGCGCAGAGGGGCCUCUGCCUCGGGCAGCAAGGACUCCUCCCGUGCCGAUUAACACAUCCUGGGAUCCCUCGGAUCUACGAUCCACCGGCAGCCCAACCUCCCUUCUCAGCCACCUAGAGAUCAGCCAGUCCUUGACGGGGCAGUUCCUCACCGACGUAGUUGACCACUGCGGCAUCCCCGAGACUGGCAACCCCUGUGGAAGUCCUCCCAGUCCCUCAGCGACUGUUGGUGAACAGGGAGCUGGUUUUGGCUCGCUGGGCAAUUGCUACCCCGAGAGCCCGGUGCAAUGCCCCGCACAAGCCAGGCAGCCCCCCCAAAGGGGGGCCACUGAUUUCUAUGGCGGCCAUUCCCAUGUGUCGGUUCCGACUCCCGUUAAAGUUGUGCAGCCUCUGGAGGCAGUUGUUCAGCAUCCCGUAAAAUGCACGGAACUCCCAAGCACGGGACAGCAGGAUCUCGGAGGAAGCGUACCCUCAAAUCGGCAACCCUCAUUGACAUCGCGAUGCGGUUCCGGAGCAGGUGACCUCCAAAGGGGUGUAGGGGAGUCCCCUUCCCCGCCACAAAGCACCGGCCCCAGGGGACAGUCUCCUUCAAGCUCUGCUCCUCCUCCUCGUUCGGCAGACCCCUCGUCAACAGAUCCGCCAUGCGCCGAACAACCCUUUUUCACUUUCGUGGUCUUGCACGCCUCUGAAGAUGAGGCCAUUGCCUGCCGGGUGAAGGAGCGGCUGGAGACCAUGGAUGUCUCCAACGGGGCAACAUUUAGCGAGGAUUUCCUCGUCCCCGGGCACGGCCAACUCAACUGCUUCCAGGACGCUUUGGACAACGCAGCCUACACGCUUGUGCUCCUGACGGAGAACUUCAAAGGGCAUCUCUGCGCCUACCAGACCAACGUAGCCUUGAUGGACUCCUUCAGCCGUUUCAUGAAGAACCACACGGUGAUUCCGUUCGUGCCCAAGGAGAACCCCAUCAAGCGAGCGGAGAUGCCCAUCCUGUUGGCGGGGCUGGUGCCGCUGGACGAGAACUCGCCCGUUUUUGCCACGAGGGUCAAGAAAACAUUUACAGCGGCAGCAAUCCGAGAGAAGAAACGCGCGUGGAGUUUGAUGAGACAAAUCCAGGAGAGAGAGCGAUUGCAGGAACAGCAACGCAAUUACCUGCAGGCGCUCCAUCGCCUGGCUGCACUCAACGUCAACCUACCGGGCUUUGCUGGAUUACAAGUUCCCCCUGGUCACGUCCCGCAACCAUUUUCCCCUCCAACAUUCACUGCUCCUGGGAUACCCCAACCUGCACCUGACCUACCCUCCCUAACUCAACCACUGAUGGUCUCCAUGUCAGGUGGUCCUCAGCCCCAUCUCAUCAUCCAGCACGCCCAAAUGGUUCAAAUCGGAGACUACAACCACAUGCAAGUGGAGAGGACCAAUGCGGUGCUAGGCACCGACGGUCAAGAGGCUGGCGAGGACUGGCGGAUGUAAGACUUGAAAAUGCCCCCUUGAUUAUCAAGUCCUUAAGCUCCAUCCAAUGAGCGUUUUAUUGCCUGCUCGUUACUGGGCACUCAUGAAGUUUGCUCAGGUCCCUCCCAUGAUGUUUUCUGCCUCCCGCGUGCCUUCCGCCCCUUCUGGCCUUCCUCGCACGACAAAAAAACCCGUGGUUAAGUCCGAUGUAUUUUUAAACUCGGAAUUGCUGCUCUCUCUUGCUGUGUGCAGGAGAAGUAGCGCCAUUAGAGCAGUGGACUCAAUGGGCCUCAUGCUCUUUGGGUACUUCCCCGAAGUAACUGAGGAAUGAAAACAUGGACGGAGAAGCGAUGGUA